UUUGUAUUUUUGUGUUUUUUUGUGUUUUUGUUUGUUGGAAAUCAGAAUUUGAGUAUACCUAUGUGUGUUUAUUGUCUAUUUGUGUUUUUAAAAAUGUCAGAAUUUAAUUUGUGUUUUCUUUUUGCAAGUCAGAAUUUAUUUAAUUUGUGUUUUCCGGAAAAGUUUCUUUAUUUCAGAAUAAUGAAAAAUAAUAAUGACAAGCUUUUCGAAUAAAAUGUUUAUUGUUUCCCUAAUUUUCUCCCAUUUAAUAUUUUUCUGUUUAAUUAAUCAGAAUGAAUGUGUAACCGGAAAUGAUUUACCAAUAGAACAAGCUAGUGGACAUGGGAGGGAGCCUGAAGCAAAAUGCUCUUUUCGAGUAAAUUUUUGUUAA